AUGUCAUCUAACCCGGGAAAACUAACGGUACCGCCUAUUAACUGCAUUUUCAACUUCCUCCAGCAACAGACAGUGGUCACUUUUUGGCUUUUCGAACAGGUUCAAACAAGGAUACGGGGAAAAAUAAGCGGAUUUGACGAGUUUAUGAACGUGGUGAUUGACGAUGCACUAGAGAUACCGAUAGACCCCAAAAGUGGGUCAGAAGUGUCUGAGAAGGCCGUUCAACUAGGGCGGAUACUUCUGAAAGGUGAUAACAUUACUCUCAUAACACCCGUUUCGGAUUAG